AUGGAGGGGCAAAACUCAAGAAUCUGCGUGGAUUUGAGUUCAUCAUCGAGCACAUGCAUUAGCCCAAGUUCGAGCAUGAUUUCUCCAAAAUCUAAUGAUCCACUUGAAAAUCUGCUAAACCUUAAUGAUUUUGAAAUACAAAUCAUUUUAGAUUAUAUCAGCCACGAAACCCAUACCAUCGAAACACAUCCAAACAACGAGGUAAAAGAGUUGGCUGGAAUUCCAAUCAUUUUCAAAGAAACCACCCCACCUGAGUCUUCUCCAUCACCCGCCGUUACUUAUAGCAGCAGGGAUUUCUCACCCGGUGGCGAAAUGAUUUCCGACAACAAAGCUCCGGCAAAGGUAAACGAGGGUUUAUCUGAUGUCAUCCAUAAUCAACGACAACCAUCAAUGGUGGGGUACAGAGGAGUAAGACGACGGUCGUGGGGGAAAUUCACGGCUGAGAUGCGGAAUCCAAAGACAGGUGUGAGGAUGUGUUUAGGGACUUACAAGACGGCUGAGGAAGCUGCCAUGGCGUAUGAUCGAGAAGCAUUUAAGCUCCGUGGACGUCGCGCAGUAGUUAACUUCCCGAGUUUGAUCGUCUUGCAGAACAAAUGUCCCUAA